AUGGAGCAAAAUCUCCCAAUCAUCGCGAAGAAAUUCUGGAGCAUACUGAAAGUAGCGUACUUCAUGCUGAGAAAAGGCAUUUCAAAGGCCAAAUUGCUCUCCGAUCUCAGCACCAUGAUGAAGCGCGGCAAAAUCGCCGGAAAAACCGCAAUGCACAACCUCAUCUUCCACCACCACCACCACGGCGAGGCGGCGCCGCCACUGCCGGAGGAGUACGAGUUCAGCUGCCGCAGCACGCCGGCGUUCCGGCUGCCGUUCCACCUCGGGAAGCGGAAGCAGGCGGCGGAGAUGGAGCUGUGGGCGGCGGCGGUGGAGAUGGCGUGCAGCGCGGCGCCGUCGCCGGCGCUGCCGGGGUUCGGGAGGACGCCGGCGGUGAGGCAGCUGAGGAUCACGGACUCGCCGUUCCCGCUGAGGGAGAUCGACGAGGAUCACCGCGUCGAUGAGGCGGCGGAGGAGUUCAUCACCAAAUUUUAUAGGGAUUUGAAGAAGCAAAAUGGGGCUUGA